AUGGGUGUUAUUCAGAAUCUCAAACUGUGGAAAAACAAUGUUACCCACAUUGAUGCGCAUGGUAAUGAGGUAACGGAGGAGGUUCCUCGCGUCAUGCCGCCCCCACCAUGGAAAGUGAUUGCACUUCUUGACUUGAAAGCAUGGCUAUAUUUUUGUCUUGGAUUGGCUGCUUGGACGGCGGAUGGUUACGACUUCAACGCAGUCAACCUCGUUGCCACUGACCUGGCAACUGUAUAUGGCACAGACUUGAGCAGUAUCACGUUAUCCAUCACACUUACUCUCCUCUUUCGGUCAGUGGGAGCAGUCCUUUUCGGUAUCAUCUCCGACUGCUUCGGUCGAAAAUGGCCAUUGUCGGCAGAUCUAUGGAUCUUGGCUGGUCUUCAAGUUGCUACGGCUUAUGUGACAGAAUUUUCGUCAUUUAUUGCUAUUAGAGCUAUAUUUGGUGUCGCCAUGGGAGGUAUAUGGGGACUUUCUGCAGCCAUGUCGAUGGAAAACAUGCCCGUUGAGGCUCGUGGCUUGUUUUCAGGGCUAUUGCAACAAGGUUAUGCCCUGGGCUAUCUGAUUGCUGCUGUGGUCAAUAUCACGGCUGUCCGUUACACAAGUGAAGGUUAUAAGGCUAUCUUUCAUGUUGGAGCUGGCUUUACAGGCUUGAUCUCAACUGUUGCAGCCAGUAAUUGGAUCCGCGACACACCCUCAGGGCCAAAACCAAAUUACAGUCAAGUUAUGACAAUCACCAUGAGUAUUGUCUUCACUGCCUGUGCUAUUAUCAUGGCCUGUGGACAGGAGCGGUUGGGAAGCCGCUUUGAGGUGGUCACCAGAGCAGGGGCUGCGCCAAAGAUCAACCCAGAAGACAAAACCCACAGUGUUGAGAAUGGUGAAUGUGAAACUGGUCUAGACGACGCAGGUUCCCACAAGGAAGCCCCUAGAGCAGUGUACAUCGAGCAGGUUUAA